AUGGCGACCAUCGAUGCCAGUCAGUGGGAUGAAACCAUUUGUGAUAUGAUUGCCUGCCAACACCCUCCUUGCUGGGAGGCAGUCCAGAGGAUCGUGAAAGGGCAGCCCCGGAUCAUGUUGAGAAGCCUUGACUCUCCGGAGGGAGAUUCCCCCGAACCUGAAGGUAAGCCAGAGAAAUUCUCACCCUGCACAAUACGCUAAAUUUAUUGAUUAAAUUUAUAUAUCGCCCUUCAUCCGGAGAUCACAGGUUUACAGUAUAAAAACAUAAAUGAUGUAGCGUAAUAACAAAUAAUAACAAUUUAAACAGCAACCUCCUCACCGUUUAAAAGGCCCAAGAUGAUGAUGAUGAUUAGUUAUUAAAUGUAUAUGCUUCUGGUAGCGAUUGGAUGCCAAAGUAUACUAGCCAAGUUUGACCCUAUAGCCGUUGCAAGCAGUAAGCUGGAAGUGUCGCCACUCAUACCUUUCUGCCUUUCCUUUUGUAGCUGGAGUGCUCUUCUCUUUGGUUUUUCCAUGUUUCAGAUGAACUGCCGACACUAAAGAUUGUGGACCUUCCCCUCAACUAUUCUCAGAGAAAUCAGAUAAGAUGUGCUGAAAGUUUACUUUCCAUCUCGAAAACUAUCUCAAGCAUUAAAGGUUCUAGAAGUUAUUCGAAUACCACCCUGAACAAUGUUUUGAUGCCCCCAAUUUCACGAAUCAGGUUAGCACACCGAGAUUUCCCAUAAAUAUGUGCUUCUGGAAUCACAGGCUUUGGGUGUCUGACGUUUAAUGCAUUCUUUUGCUACUCCCAUGAAUUAGAUCCAUUUUGGUGCCCUUGGCAAAAAAUCCUCAUGACAGCCACACCCCCCCCCCCCAACAGACAGACCCCCCAUUGAAACAAACUGGAGCUGAGCAGAUACGUUGCAGUAUCAUUGUGGAAACCCCAUACGUUUAUUUUAUUUUUUUUAAUGAUAUUUAUUAAAAUUUCAGAAAAAAGAAUUACAUAAAAACAAGAAAAGCAAAAACAAAAGACAGAAGUAAAAAUACAAGAAAAAUACAAAAUACAAAAUACAGAAUAAAAGAAUAAAAAACACUUAAAAAAAAAUAUCUUUCCAUGCCUUACAUUCAUAUCCUUGUUUCCCUGACCUCCUCAUACCUCCCUUUUUUGUAUUCCAAUUCAAUUAGUUAAUUCAGCAAUUUCUUUCCCUCUUUAUUUUCUCUUAAUCCUUUAACUUAAUAUACUAUAACUUUAAAUUUUCACCUGUUAUCAAUCCAUUUUUACAUACACAUUUAUAGCAUUACUGCUUAAACCACCUAACUUCAUUCUAACAUCAUUCUAACAUUCAUUAAUUUUGCAAUAUUUCUGGAGAUAGUCUUUAAAUUUCUUCCAAUCUUCUUCCACCAACUCUUCUCCCUGGUCUCGGAAUCUGCCAGUCAUUUCCGCCAAUUCCAUGUAGUCCAUCACCUUCAUCUGCCAUUCUUCCAGAGUGGGUAGGUCUUGUGUCUUCCAAUACUUUGCAAUAAGUAUUCUUGCUGCUGUUGUGGCAUACAUAAAGAAAGUUCUAUCCUUCUUUAACACCAAUUGGCCCACUAUGCCCAGGAGAAAGGCCUCUGGUUUCUUCAAGAAGGUAUAUUUAAAUAACUUUUUCAAUUCAUUAUAGAUCAUCUCCCAGAAAGCCUUAAUCCUUGGGCACAUCCACCAAAGGUGAAAGAAUGUACCUUCAGUUUCUUUACAUUUCCAACAUUUAUUGUUGGGCAAAUGAUAGAUUUUUGCAAGCUUGACUGGGGUCAUGUACCACCUGUAUAUCAUUUUCAUAAUAUUCUCUCUUAAGGCAUUACAUGCCGUAAACUUCAUACCUGUGGUCCAUAACUGUUCCCAGUCAGCCAUCAUUAUGUUAUGUCCAACAUCUUGAGCCCAUUUAAUCAUAGCAGAUUUCACCGUUUCAUCCUGAGUAUUCCAUUUCAACAGCAAGUUAUACAUCUUUGACAAAAUCUUAGUUUUGGGUUCUAACAGUUCUGUUUCUAAUUUUGAUUUUUCCACCUGGAAGCCAAUUUUCUUAUCCAAAUUAUAUGCCUCCAUUAUCUGAUAAUAAUGAAGGCAGUCUUGCACUUUGUUUUUUAAUUUCUCAAAACUCUGCAGUUUCAGUCUAUCUCCAUCUUGUUCCAAAAUUUCCCAAUAUUUCGGCCAUUUGACCUCCAUAUUGAGCUUUUUCAGAGCUUUUGCUUCCAUCGGUGACAGCCACCUUGGGGUUUUAUUUUCCAAUAAGUCCUUAUAUCUUAUCCAAACAUUAAACAAUGCUUUCCUGACAGGAAACCCCAUACGUUUAAACGAGGCUUGCACAGUUGAGCUUACUGGUGGGUUGUGCCCUGUGUCAAUUCAUGCUUUUGCCCAUGUGGUUUUUCCAGCUCCGAAAGGUAUCCCUUCCCAGGACUGAACUCCAGGAUGGAAACUCGUGCUUCCCACUUCACACCGAUAAGUUUCACCUGCUUGAGGCAAGCUGAGAAAGUGAGUUCUCUGGAUUGCUGGGAAGCUGGCUGUGGGUUGGGAGGUUGGAGAGAGACAGUAGGUCAGGAGGGGCAACUUACACAUGGCCAGGGUCCUGCUGGCUCAGCACCAGCAGUAAGCACUUCCAGGAAGAGGCUGCUUCACGCUGCACUCUCUCCCUCUCCCUCUCUCUCUCUGGCUGCUUCCACAAGUGAAAUCUAAACAGUGGCUCCACAACACACUUCACACAGCAUAACAGCUGAAGCAUUGCCUACCAGCCCUUAGGUAGUUUAUUAUUUUGCUCCAUCCCCAGCCCCUCCACUGGCCCUUUAAUUGGUAAUUUCCUCCUAGCUUUGGAUACAGUUGGCACUUUAAUCGAUUCCUUUCCCUUUGUAACCUGAGUGCUCCUACCUCCUGCUUUUUAACUUCCUACAUAUUUUUAUUACUGUGAUUGCCCACUUAACGACAUUGAUUACUGCAGUUGCUCGAUGGGAUUUCUUUGUAAACAAUUAGAGCCUUAGGAUUAGAAAGGGACCUUGAAUUCCAUCUAGCCCAACCCCCUACUGAUGCUGGAAACUUACCACAAUUGCUAGUUAAAUUAAUUAAUUUCCUUGAACUUGCAGUUGCCGAACUUUUGUUAUGCACCUCCUGCCCAAAUAAUGCUUGGAUCUGCAUAAUGGGAGAGCUCAUAGCCUUCCCUAAACUCCUAAAAAGUCUUUAUAUUAUACAUCUUUCUUUUUUUCUCACACAUGCUGUUUACUUACAGCAUUGCCUGAAACCUUGAAUUGCUCCUGACGCUGAGCUGGCUGGGCCCCAAAGGCAUGACUUGGGGUAAAGCAGCUUCCUGUGUUCCUAAGCAGGGAAGAGCUGUGUGUUCCUUCUUGCCAGCUACAUCACAAAGAUUAUUUAAUGGCCAGCAGUGGCACUCUACUCAUGAAAUAUCACAAACAUUGACAAAAGCAGCUGCAGAAACCACUUCUUGGGAAAUCUUAGUUGUGUUUCUCUAGUGACCUUGUAUAAGCUCUUUGGGGGCAUUUGGCUAAAUGGAGCAUCUCAUUUUCCCACAUGUAUAUGAUAGAUACAGGUGACGGACUUCAGUGAGUCUGCUGUGCACGGGCUGUGCACACACCUGCCCCCCUGUGGAAGCUUGGUGGUCACAUGGGUCCCAGACAGGCGCCACAGGCUUCUGCGACCUGAGAAGCCGGCCACAAGAGGGUAGGUAGCAGGAUGCGGGUCCACAUUGUCCCAUGUGCAUCUUAAGGGUUUCCCCUUGUGCUGGAGGCUUCAGUGGUAUGAACUUCCCUUAUGGCCUGUAGAGCAGGCGCUAUGAAGCUGACUCCCCUGGGCAGUUCCUAAAUACCUUACCCUGAGGACCUUACCCUGUAACACCUGUAGGAAAUGAUCCUGCUCACUUAUCUAUUUCUUACACCUAUAUUCUCCUUUUCAGCCAGUCUAGUCAUGCCCCCCAAAAGGAGCUCACAUGAACUAAAAUCCAAAAUUAAAACUGAAUGCCACGUACUCUGUGGGGAGUGGGAAGUCUCAGCUGGGAAUAAUAAUAAUAAUAAUAAUAAUAAUAAUAAUAAUAAACAACAAGACAUUAUGGGAGGGGGUGCUUGACCGAGGGUUUCAGUGGCUGGCUGAGAGGGGAGUUCUCUGCUGGAGAGUCCUCCUUCCCUUCCCUGCCUGCCUGCCUUCCUCUCUCCUUCCGAUAGCCUCAGCAAUGGUAGCUGAAGGGCUGGGUGCAGGAAGUUGCCUUGCUAGAGAUGAGAGUUUGCAAGAAGUUAACUGUGGGGCUUCUCUUUUAUUAGAGUGCGGGUGAAAGACCUUGCUUCGGAAAGCACCCUCAUGGUUGUGGAGAAGAAGGAGAUGGUAAGUUGAGCUUUUUGCACUGUCUAGAUCUUGCUCUUGCUUUCUAGGUCAGAAGCUGCCUGCCCAAAGUGUGCUGCCUCUUUCCUUUUCUUGGUGUGCUGGUCUGGCUCCUGUGCCUUUAAUGGCAGCCUGUAAUGCUGAAAUGUAACAUGUGAAGCUUUUUCUGGCAUUGGGAGAAAGUGCUGAGGGAGCACUCUGCUUGCUACGUUUUUGUUGGCUGCUGAUAAAGGCAGGGGAAGGUCUGGGUGUCCCACUUACAAGCUGUUCCAAGUCUACAGCGGGGUGGGGGGGUGGGGGAGAGAGAGAUUCCAUCAGGCUGAAUUCUGUGGCAGCAGGUACUCAGUGAUGUUGGGUUGGGAGCAAAGGGGAGUACACAAGAGCCUGCCUGUUCCAGGGUGUUUGUGUGAGUACCAGGUGCCAGUGGAUGGACCUGCCUUUUUGGAGGGAGUGGGAAGGGCAGGGGUGGUAGGAGCAGUGGGAGAGUGUUUGUGGCUUUCCUCCCCUCCUGCCCACUGGAAUUACCUUAUUUCACAGAAAAGAAAAAAAUCGAAUAAAGUUCCUACAGGUGGUCAGCCCUACCUCCUUCAUCUAAGGAAGAAGCCAAAGGAACCUGCCAAUAUGCCGAGGUCAGCUCCUAAACCACCAUUUCCCUAACAAGGACUCAUGCCUCUUAAAGAGCCAGGCCUGUAUCUUGGUCCGCUGGCUUUGGUAUCCUGACCCCUAAGAGCAAAGAGAACCCUCAAGAAGCCCAUGCACCACCAGCAUCGUCCUCCAGGGCUUGGCCAAGUUACUCCAAAUUCUGCUUAAGAGGCAGAAACUGCAACAGCUGGGUGGGCAGAGUAUGGUCCCCAUUCUGUACUCAUCGUGUGCUGUUGUUUUUGCCCUAAAGUAUCCUUGCAGGUAAAGAAAAGGAUCCCAAGGGAAGCCUCCUUGUGAGUAAAGAAAGGGAUCCCAAGGGAAGCCUCCUGGGGGAGAAGAGCUUCUCAUCCUGUCACUCACAGCUGGCUCCUGUUGCGCCCCCACUGCCUCGCUGCAAGAGCCUCCUGCAUCUAGAGAACAGGAGGGGGGAAGUGGCAGCCAGGAAGGAGGAGCUGGAGUCCCUCUUCACUGUGCAGAAGGCACCCAGUGCAAAGGUAAGCAGUAACUGGGAGGGAGUUGGGUCCAUAUGUCUUCAUUAUAGGGAGUCAGCUAAGGUGUGCCUUUGGCCUGAUGGUCUCACGUUCAAAACUCCUACAGUGGUACCUCGGGUUACAGACGCUUCAGGUUACAGACUCUGCUAACUCAGAAAUAGUACCUCGGGUUAAAAACUUUACUUCAGGAUGAGAAUAGAAAUCACACAGCGGCAGCGGGAGGCCCCAUUAGCUAAAGUAGUACCUCAGGUUAAGAACAAUUUCAAGUUAAGAAUGGACCUCCAGAACAAAUUAAGUUCUUAACAUGAGGUACUACUGUAUUGUGUUCAAGCACUGUUGCUUUUCACAUUACGGCAUCAUUGACACACGGAUAAGGUGGGGUAGGGGAGGCAAGUGCUUCUGACUUGCCCUUCAGCUUUUACCUGCCUGCCUUGCCCUGAAGACCUGUGGGGCUGCAGAUCUUCUGCCAGGGAGAGGAGCCCUGCCUCCCCACUGCAGUGCCUCAGUGGCCUUGGGACCAUCUACCUGCUGGACCUGCCAAGACCCCUUGUGGGAUUCUUUGGCUGGAGUCCUGGGGACGUGGCCUUUCAUAAGAAGCUGUGACAAAGGUGUGCAGGCUUCCUUCCCUGUGUUCGCUAGAGCAACUGCCUAUUGCUUCUUCAGCUGAUGCCAUAAUCCAGGCAGUGCUUCUGGGGCAGUGUGGUGCUCAGCAGGGAUGCAGGUUUUACUAUGUGCAUCAGUGAUUCCACAGUGUUUUUGUGGAAAGGGAGAAAAUGCCUUCAGUUUCCACAUGCAGCAACUUUUUAAACAUUUUGUUGCUGUUAGAGUCAUAUAGAAUAGGAGAAUCCACGAGCACAAUCCACAAGUCUUUGAUAGAUAAAGAUUAUAAGCCUAUGAUGGCUCCUCAGUUCACCCUGCCUCUAGUACCCAGCCCGACUUUUGUGGGUUCUUUGCAUGAGGAGCACUUUUAGUCAAGCAAUGUGCUUUUUUAUGUGUGUGAGAAUUUUUUUUAUUAUAUGUGCUUUUGUGGUUGUAAGCCCCUUGGAGACACCUUAGUAGAAUGGGACGAGUAAAUGUGAUAAUCAUAAUAGAAACAACAAUAGCACACCUUGGUGUGUCUGUGACGUGUUAUUAAGAAAUUGUACAUAUUUAUUGGCCCAUCAAGCAAUCGUACACCUGUUUGGUCAGAAGUGGGAGGGAACAGAGUCCGCUGGGGCCAGGAGUGAGUACAGCUGUAGUCUCCUAAAAGCUGCAUCAGACAAAACCAAAUCCACCUGGGAAGAGAUCCUUGUGUCAAAUGAAAAGGUUCAUAGAAUCCACCCUUGGGCUGACCCAAUAAAAACACACCUAUUUUGCAAUUGUGGACUGAGGGCAGGAGGGUUGCAGAAGAGGAAACUGGAUGAUACUUCUACAUCUCCAGUUCAUUUCCUUUGCACCAGACUCUUGUAAGGUGGAGAAGGCACAAAAUCUAUCUAGCUAUCUAUUCCAAAUGGAAGUUUCAUUUUGAAGUCGUACCAGGUAAGGAUGUUAGUUCAGUUUCUCCUCCAUCCUGUUACUGACAUGUGGUUUUGAAACAUGAUGUGGUGGCGGAUCAGAACCAGGUUCCAUCUCACAUGUUUGCUUUUGACUCAGGGGUGGUUUUUGUUGCGUUUGGCUUGCAAGAAACUCAUUCAGAGGAAUAAUCAGCUCUAAACUGCAUUCUCUUCUCUUCUUCCUUCCCCUCCAUUCUUUAGAUUCCCAUGAAAGAAAAUCUCCUGAGACGGACCCCAAGCCAACUAAAGUUUGCCUUAAGAGGUUUGGAUAGCAUACUUCUAGCUGUAGGUACAGUGGUGCCCCGCAAGACGAAUGCCUCGCAAGACGGAAAACUCGCUAGACGAAAGAGUUUUCCGUUUUGGAGGUGCCUCGCAAAACGAAUCUGCUAUGGGCUUGCUUCGCAAGACGAAAAUGUCUUGCGAGUUCCUGGUUUUUUUUUUUCCUUUCCCCCCUCUUUUUCUAAGUCACUAAGCCGCUUAUCUGCUUAUCCGAUAAGCUGAUAAGCUGCUAAAAGCCGCUAAAAGCCGCUAAUAGCGCUAAUAGCGCUAAUCCGCUAAUCCCGUCAAUGGGCUUGCUUCGCAAGACGAAAAAACCGCUAGACGAAGAGACUCCCAGAACGGAUUCUUUUCGUCUUGCGAGGCACCACUGUACUGCCUAAAUCUAGCUGUGGGGGCAGGCAUCCAAGAGAUUUUCUAGGAAAGACUGAGCUGUGUGUUCCGGUUUUGCUCUAGACUCUGUGGCUUUCAGGCGUCCAAUGCCAAUGCUGGUAGAGCAGCAGGAAGUUGUGGAUCCCCCUUGCAGUGACGGAGGAGGAGGAGGAGGCCUCCCAGGCAAGGCCCAGCUCCACCAGGAAGGCAUAAGUGCUGUCAGAGCAGGGCAGAUCUCUCAGGUGGGUUAAGAAACUCCAUUUCCUAUGCAGGCAGCAGCUGGGUAUGUGGAAUUUGAACAGUGGUAAUCAAGAAGAUAGGUUUUUUGAGAAAGCAACAUGAUAGAACAACUUGCUAGAGACUAGAGAGGUGGGCUUGUUUUGUUAAUUAUUAAAAUGUAAGAUAUAGAAAUGGAGGACAAGCAAAGGAAAUAUUUUGUAAUGUGUAAUAAUGAAUAAAAGAGUGAAUUCCCCUCCUCAAUCCAUUGCAUGUCUUUUCAGGGUGGAUUUGAGUCUUUCAUGGCCCAAAUUGGGCAAAAGGUGUAAAACAUGUAUCCCCAAACUGGAUAUUAGAUUUUUUUUGGGGGGGAGGACUGUUCUCUUCUGCAUAAUUAAGGUUUCCAUCACUCUGUCCCCCACCGGGCCAUAACAGACUAUUCUUAAAAGGGUACCUCAUUUAUUCACCCCAGCUGAUAACCACCACCCCAUCUUUGAACUUCCAUAGACCACAGAUUCUGCCUUUGGGAAAGUUCUCAGAAGACACCAUGGUGGUAUUUUAAAGAUGUUUUUGUCCUUAGCCAUGAGGGCUAGAAAUGCAGACAUUUCAGACGCUUUAAGUUUAGUGUGUGUUUUGGUUCUCCAGUCAAAUCUCUUAUCUAUCUUGGGCAAGCAGUCCUAAAGGGUGGGGUAGAGAGAUGAUUGCCACUUAUUCUCCUUCUCAGCCUGCAGAAAACAGCAGAACACAGGUGCCGCCACCACCACCAGCAACAGCUGCCACUGCUGCUGAUGGGCAAAAGCCCUCGGUCAAGUUUGAGUCGCACAAGAGCAGCACGGGCGCUUUGUACAUGGAGGGUGAGUUCUUCCAGCACCUUCUGUCUUGUGGCAGCUCUUGCCAUGCACUGUGCUGUGGAAUGGAAAGGUGGGCAGGAGGGUGCAGGCACACCAUCUAGGGAGGGGCAGCCCCCACCCCAAAAUGUAAAUGUGCAGGCCAGGCCCCCUCAAAGUUCCACACUGUCUUAACAACAGGCUAAAUGAAGACCAGGCUCCAUGGGCUGUUGUUGUGGUUGGGCUGGAGAAAAAAGAUGGGCAGAAGGCCAGCAGCCCCUUGGGCUGAGGCCAUGGACCUCUGCAGGCUACUUUGCUUAGUGAGUUGGGGUUGUUGUUGUUUUUAAUUGAUAAAGCCAGCAGUCAAAUAACAACAGCAAUGACAGAUGGACCAAUAAUUCGCCUGAGGGUGGGGUGGAGGGGAAGAGAAAAGAGGAGAGCCAUUCAGGGGCAGGAGAGCUGUAUGUUGAUCCACAUACUAUAAGCCUCUUUUCCAGCAUGCUGCACACAACAAGCUCUUUCCCAGGGGACUUUGCAGAAGGAAACACAAGUGGCCGUGUAGAGGAAGGUCAGGUCCUGUGAGGCCUCCUCAGUCUCUGCCUUGUGGUGCUGCCCUUUGGUUGUGCUGUUUUCCUUAAGGACCUUGAGUACAGAAGUAGAAAUGGAAGAGGGGGGGGGAAGCAAAGAGGAAGUGCUGUGGCAGAGGAUGCUAAAGACAUAGGUUUUUUCCCAGUGCUAUUGCUGCUCAGAGUAGACCUAUUAAAAUUAAUGGGCCUGACCAACUGAGGUCUGUUAAUUUAAAUGGAUCUGCUUCAAGUAGGAUUUAGCUGGAUACGUCCAACAACAGCAACAAAUUUCUUCGAAUGCAUCAGUAGCAGGACACCCAUCUCAGCAAGCAGUUGGACCAUUGGAUGGCCAGGGAGUCUGAGAUGUUCUAAAAUAAGGAAGUUGCAGUGAAGCCCAGUAGAUCCUUGGUUUGUUCCUCAAGUGGACUGACCAGCCCCACGGUCACAGGGAGACUCUCUUCCUCCCAUACAUCUUUCCUGCCCUCCUCAUGUUGGAAAUCCUCAGGGGGCCAAGUUUUGAUCACAUGACCAGGAAGCCAGCGUUGUGUGCAUCCCUGUCCUUGUGCCUUACUCUGUUUCUGUUUUCCUCUUCUUCCACAGCUGAUGGAGAGUUCUGGCUCAAGAGAGUGGCUCAGAAACAAGAGAAGACCCUCUUGCAGUUCCAGUCCAUAAACCCCCCUCCUCCUCCUCCCUCCCCACUCAUGUCUGAGACCAGCGAUUAA